CCCACCCACACCCACUACCGCCAGUCCACCGCGGUCCACGGCAUCCCACGCCAGUCCCCAUUCGUUCAGCCUGCUCGCCUCGUGUCCGCCGACAAAACCCUAGCCGGCCUCCGCCGCCAUGGACGCCGCCGCAGGUGAAGGAGGAGGAGGAGGAUUUGCGAACUACGCCGAAAUCGCGGCGCACUUCAACAAUCUGGCAUUGGCGGUCCUGUCCGCGCAGGACCGCAUCGAUUCCAUCGUCCCCUACCUCAUCUCCCUCCUGCCCCCACCCUUCGUCCCCGCGCCCGACGCCGACGACUCCUCCAACUCCGACGACGACCACUUCUCCCUCACCUCCUCCGACUCCGAGGACGGCGUCGCCGACGACCGGCCCGCUGCCGCUCAGACGGCGCAGGACGAUGACGGCCGGGACCACAUCAGCCGCCUACCGGACGACCUGCUCUCCAACAUCAUCUCCCGCCUCCCCACCAACGAAGCCGCACGCACCAUGGUCCUCUCCACCCGCUGGCGCUGCGUGUGGGCGGCGACCCCGCUCCUCGUCGACGACGCUCACCUCAGGGCCGCCGACGGGCUCUGCGAGCUCCGCGCCGUCCGCGCCGUCUCCCGCUGCGUGGCCGCUCACCCGGGCCCCGUCCUCGCCGCGCGCGUCACCCGCCUCUCCUUCGACCAGCACGAGUACGCGCUUCAGCAACUGAUUGCCAACCUUGCCGCGAGGAACAUCCAGGACCUCAUCCUCUUCAACCGCCCCUGGCCGCUCGACCUGCCGCUCCCCGGCGAUAUCCUCAGCUGCGCCUCCCUCACCCGCCUCUACAUCGGUCUCUGGCGAUGGCGCUUCCCAGACACGACCGCCAACUCGCCUGCCUUCCCCAACCUUCAGGAGCUCGGCCUUUUCCACACCAUCAUCGAGGACAGGGAAGUCGAUCCCUUGCUCGCGCAUUGCCCCAAGCUGAAGAUCCUCUCCUUUGCCAUGGCGUACAGCUUCCCUUCUUGCCUCCGCAUCAGGUCCCGCAGCCUCCGUAUCGUGGUCGAAUGGCUAUGCAGCGUCGAUGAAGUCAUCAUAGAGGAUGCACCCUGCCUGGAGCGCCUGUUCUUCGAAAGCUUUGCCGACCGGAGGCCCGUCAAGAUUGUCCACGCGCCCCGGCUGGAGGUGCUCGGUUUCUUAGACCUCCAGCUCCAUGCGCUUGAGAUUGGCGGCAUUGUGAUCAGGGCUGGGAUGAAUGUGAGAGCUAGCGCCAUGCUGCCAAGUUUGAAGAUACUGGCUGUCAAGGUGCAAUUUUCGCAUGCCACGGAGGCUAAGAUGCUGCACACUCUACUCCGAUGCUUUCCUCACCUUCAGACGCUUCACGUCAUGUUCCAGUCCAUUGGAUCCAGGUCACCUGAUAGUGUUGAUCGUGCUGACUUCUGGCAGUCCUUGGGCACAUGCGAUUGCCUUGAAUCUCAUCUGGAGACGCUUGUCCUCCACGGCUUCCAGGGCCUUGAAUGUGAGCAGCUGUUUGUCAGUUACAUACUGGAGAAGGGGAAGGUGCUUAAGACCCUGAGCGUUGUUUGUGUUGACAUUGAGGAUGUAGGAGUAGAGGAAGGCCCUAUCUCAGGUUCUGUUGAUGAGAGCAAUGUGUCAUCUGGUGGAAGAAGUAGCGGUGAUGAUGUGGUAAUGGAGGGAGGCCUGAUGUCAGGUUCUGUUGAUGAGGGCGAUAUAUCAUCAGGUGGAAGUAGUAGCAGUGAUGAUGUGGUAACAGAGGGAGGUCCGAUGUCAGGUUCCAUUGGUGAGGCCAAUGCGCCAUCAGUUGGAAGCAGUGGCAAUGAUAUGAUUUAUUUUUGUCCGGCCGCCUCUUGCUGGAGCUUUCAGAACGCCAUUGACUUGUCAGUGGAGGAUCCUUUCUGCGUGUUGUUGAGGCAGGCCCGGAUCACUUAUGUUGCUGCGGAAUGAGACGGUGUGCUAGUUUCUGUUUUUGAUGAUGGUGCUUAUGAUGGCCGUAUUUUGACACUUCUCUAGGAUGUCGUAGUUACUUGUUUCUUCAUCAUUUUGUGGUGAACUGAGAAUGUAGACUGAGCCCAUCGAGGCCUGGAAGCUAGUUUCACUAGUAUGUUGCACUCUUGAGUUCUCUAUUAGGGAGACUAGUAGGAUUCUGAACUGUGGAAGCACCCUGGCUGCAUAUUGUUCGAGUCUUUACUUUUGGCCUGUAUAAAAGUACCUAUCAGAUGCACAAUCUAUAUCAACUGAUAUCCUGAUGUUAUUCCACGUUUUUUCCA